AUGUAUUCGCCUUGCAGACGGAUCAAGAUCUCGAAAGUGUCAUCGGGCAAACAAGCGCGUCUGAUUCCGGCAGCGCUACGAUUGGAUCCAGACGAGGUAGACAAGCGUGACACGGACUGCAACGACUAUCGGGUGUUUCAAGGGCGUCAGUUCCGCGUUUCGGCAAAGGAUGAAGCUGCUUUUGAGCAACUCCGACUUUUGAAAUUAGCGGCAACUACCAGGCGCACAAAGCGGAGUCGUGUUGUGAUCGAUUAUUCUGAGAAUGAAGAGGGGAAAAAUGAAGAGAUGACAGAGAAAUUAAAGAAGGCAGAGCAAGAACGUGCUAUUGCAGCUGAAAAACGUAGAAAAGCAGCUGACGAGAAGAAGAAAGCGACAUGGAAUGCAAAUGGUGAGAACAUGAACCGCCCUCUUGUUGCAAACGGUCACGCCUCGGAAUAUUCGAAGCUUCUUCUUUACUUUCAGCGGCCCAACGCUUGA